CAAAAAAAUCAAUUAAUUUGCAUUCACCAUCCGAAGCCGGUAGAUGAUUUUUUGAUCAAUUCUAUUGGCGAAAGUAUUACAUUAAUAAAAUAUACUAGCAGAUUCAAGACUUUUUAAUUGUAAUUACAAUAUUUAACGAUCAUUGACCUAGUGGUUUAUUGAGAAAGUGGAUAGGAUAUGCAUAAGAUAGUGGUGAUUCUCUGCCUUUUUGUGGCAUUAGCUGCGUCUUCUGAACAAGAUGUGCUGGAAUUGACGGAUGAUACCUUCAGUUCUGUAUUAAAACAGCAUGAGACCACGUUGGUUAUGUUUUAUGCACCAUGGUGUGGACAUUGUAAAAGACUGAAGCCUGAAUAUGCUAAAGCCGCAGAAAUUAUAAAGAGUGAUGAUCCUCCUAUAACUUUGGCAAAGGUUGAUUGUACAGAAGGCGGUAAAGAAACGUGCAGCAAAUACUCAGUAAAUGGUUAUCCAACUCUUAAAAUAUUCCGAGGCGAUUCAGUUUCUCAAGACUAUAGUGGUCCACGGGAAGCAAAUGGCAUUGUAAAGUACAUGAGAGCUCAGGUUGGACCUGCUUCUAGGACCAUCAAAUCUGUUGAUGAAUUAAAUAAAUUCUUAGACACUAAAGAUACAACUGUCUUUGGGUUCUUUGAAGAUCCUGAUGUAUCUCUCGCUAAACUGUUUCUCAAAUUUGCUGAUAAAAAUCGCGAAAAGUAUCGUUUUGGCCAUAGUAGCGAUCCCGAUGUGCUUGCCAAAUAUGGAGAAACUGAAAAGAUUGUACUCAUCCGUGCCCCACAUCUGGCUAACAAGUUCGAGGAAUCAACUGUUAAAUUUGAAAGCUCAUCUGAAUCCGAGCUAAGCACAUUUUUGAAGGAAAAUUUCCACGGUUUGGUGGGUCACCGGACGCAAGAUACCAUUCGCGAUUUCAAAAACCCUCUUAUUGUUGCAUACUAUUCAGUUGACUACGUUAAGAAUCCUAAAGGCACUAAUUACUGGCGCAAUCGAGUUCUUAAAGUAGCAAAGGAAUUUGUUGGCAAAGCUUCUUUCGCUAUUAGUGCAAAGGAUGAUUUCCAACAUGAAUUAAAUGAGUAUGGUUAUGACUUCGUUGGUGAUAAACCAGUUAUUCUGGCACGAGAUGAAAAGAAUCUCAAAUAUGCAUUAAAAGAUGAAUUCUCAGUUGAAAAUUUAAGAAACUUCGUUGAAAAGUUACUUGAAGGCGAACUUGAACCAUAUGUUAAAUCCGAACCGAUUCCGGAAAAUAACAACGCACCCGUAAAGGUUGCUGUUGCGAAGAAUUUUGAUGAAGUGGUUAUAAAUAAUAACAAAGAUACCCUAGUGGAGUUCUAUGCACCGUGGUGCGGUCAUUGCAAGAAAUUGGCUCCAGUAUUCGACGAAGUUGCCGAAAAAUUACAAGAUGAAAAUGUGGAACUUGUUAAAAUGGAUGCUACUGCCAAUGAUGUACCACCAGAAUUCAAUGUUCGUGGAUUCCCAACACUCUAUUGGUUGCCGAAAGAUUCCAAGGACAAGCCGGUCGCAUAUAAUGAGGGUCGGGAGGUAGAUGAUUUCAUUAAAUACAUUUCAAAACAUGCUUCAGAGGAAUUAAAAGGAUUUGACCGUGGUGGCAAGUCGAAGAAGACAGAGCUCUAAACAAGUAUAAAUAAAAGUAUGAUGAUUAGUUAAUGUUCCAUUCUGGAAACGAACUAAGAAUAUGUUUAAUAAAUUUUUUUCCAAUAUUUAAAUUUAAACAUUCUACAAACACUAAGAUCGUCAACUAAAGGCGCUCGACGAUUUUAUUCCUUUCGAUCAAGCGUUUAAUGAAUAGUGAUAAAACUAACAUUUUUUAUUUGAAUAAAACAUAUAGAUAAGAAAUGUA